AGGAAGUAUAUAACUUGUAAGAAGAAAGAUUCUCCUUGAUUAACAAAACUAAAAUGAAAAUUCAUUCCAUCUUAACCUUAUUAUGGCUGCCCAAUAUAAAUUAAAGCUAGCUAACCACCUUAUCAUUGUGUGUAUAUAUACAAGCGGCUUAUUUCCACAACUACAAGUCACUCUCCAACUCUACUCCACACAACUCCUCCCACUCAUACACCUAAAAAAAAAUGAACAUACCAAGAAAAACUAAGUUUAUACUAAUAGUACCAAUCUCAAUUCUCACCAUUUUUAUGCUUGUACUUAAACCCUCCUUUAAAACCUCUCAUAAACCUCACAUUCAUCAUCUUCACGUCCAAAACCACCUCCAACUCGCGCAAUCUCAUUGCGAUGGCACCCUUUACCCCGACCUUUGUAUCUCUACUGUAUCCACCAUCCCCCAUCUUCAUAAGAAGUCGUUAACGGAGAUCCUCCGUUACACUAUAAGUGUCACUGAGGUGAUAGUCCGCACCUCCACCGCCAAUGUCUCAGGCCUUGAGUCUGGCAACCGACACAGUUUAAGUCGGUUGCAGCACAUUGCGGUGAAGGACUGUCUCGAGCUCCUGAGUGAAACCUCAGACCAGCUCGAGACAGUCCUUAGUGAAACGGCAGACCAGUGUGGCCCCACUCAAAAUUUGAGUAGUAUUCUCUCAUUUUUGAGCGCGGCCAUGACCAACCAGUUCACCUGCUUGGACGGGUUUGCCGUAGGGUCCAACAGGACCGUACGACAGUUCAUCCAAGCAGGCCUUUAUAACAUCUCCCACCAUGUCAGUAACUCCCUUGUCAUGAUGAAGAAGAUCCAUGGACCCCGCCAUUGCAAGCAUAAGACAAUGCCAUUGCCCUACGAUGACCUCGACGAUGUGAACUGGCUUGACAAGGCCGGGUUCCCGGGCUGGAUGAAAAGGAAGGAUCGCCGGCUAUUGCAAACAGCAGCUCCACCCGGGAGCGGCAACACAACCACCCGGGUGGAUUUGGUGGUGGCAAAAGAUGGUUCUGGUAAUUUCACAACCAUCAAAGACGCGGUGGCGGCCGCCCCGAAAAAGAGUACAACAAGGUUCGUGAUAUACAUAAAGGCUGGAGCUUAUUAUGAGAAUGUGGAGGUUGAUAAGAAGAAGACAAAUAUAAUGUUCCUUGGAGAUGGAAUUGGAAAGACUCUUAUUAAGGCAAAAAGGAACGUUGUUGAUGGUUACACAACUUUUAGGUCUGCUACUCUCGCUGUAGUUGGAGAAGGCUUCAUAGCCAAAGGUAUAACGGUAGAAAACUACGCAGGGCCAGAGAAACACCAAGCAGUAGCUCUACGAAGCGGAUCAGAUCUCUCAGCAUUUUACCAAUGCAGCUUUGUAGGUUACCAAGACACGCUAUACGUCCACUCGCUAAGACAAUUUUACAGGGAGUGUGACAUAUAUGGCACGGUAGACUUUAUAUUUGGUAACGCGGCUGUUGUACUCCAAAGUUGCAACUUAUAUGCUCGAGAGCCACUUCCAAAACAAAAGAACAUCUACACGGCACAAGGCCGAGAAGACCCUAACCAAAACACCGGCAUUUCCAUCUUAAACUGCAAAGUUGCGGCAGCAGCUGAUUUGGCAGCUAACAAGUCAGCCUACAGAACAUUCCUAGGACGACCGUGGAAGGAAUACUCUAGGACGGUCUUUAUGCUCUCGAAUAUUGAGGAUGUCGUCGAUCCUGCUGGUUGGUUGGAAUGGUCGGGUGAUUUUGCGUUAAGCACACUCUAUUACGGCGAGUACAAAAAUAGAGGAUCAGGGGCGGAUAUAAGUUCAAGGGUUACUUGGCCGGGUUACAGAGGAGAGAUCAGCACCAAUGAUGCAAGCAACUUUACCGUUGGAAAUUUUAUUGAAGGUGGUGAUUGGCUUCCAUCUUAUGGAAUUCCAUACUAUUCCGGUUUGACUAGUAAUUGAUAGCCAAAGUUGGUACAUUGCCAAACUAAGGUAUUAUUGUUUGAGCCAUUUGAGCUUAAUUACAAUUGCUAUAGGUGGUAUUAAAGUAUAAUUAGCUAGAUGAUCAAUUGUUUAAUUCGAGUUCUAAGCUUAGUUCCUUGUAGCAAACCAUUGACACGUACUACCAAAUUAUAGCUACACAAGGGAAUAAUGUUGUACUAUAUACAUCGAUUAAGCUACUCAAAUAAUAUAUGUUGUGCAUACUUGAUCCGUUGUUC